AUGUAUAGAGUCUUUUUACUGCUCUUGGUGGCCUCCAAGGCGCAGGAUGAUGACUUCAUGUGGUUUCGAUGCGAUGCUUGCUCUGCCUCAUUCUUCAAGAUCAACAGGACACUGAUUGAGAAACAGCUGUUGCGCCGGGCCAGUGUCGCCAGCUACGAGUUCUUGGAGAUCAUUGAUGAGGUGUGCGACACGAUUUUCACCAAGGAGGAGUAUGGCGUCAAGCAGCACGAGGGGAAGAAGUAUCUCUUCGGCCCUGGGGUCAGCGACCACAUCCCUGGACAGGGCUUUGGUCAAAUGGGCAUGGGAGACUAUGACAAGCGGCUGGCCUCCUACUGCAAGAUGUUUGUGGAGGAGUUUGGCGAGGAGGAGCUGCAAAAACGUUUCUGGGACGACAGGCAAGUGAACCACACAGAGAUUUGCCAAGCUGAAUGUCAAUCCUCUGCAAGUGGCACAGGAGCGCAGUCCAAGACGCCAAGAAAGCCCAAAGCUUCACGAUCUCCAAGGAGCCCGUCAGAGGAGAAGGUGCAAAAAGAGUCGGCCAAAGCAAAGCCGAUGCCCACAACCAAACCGGCGAAGCUCCCCAAAGCUACAGGAGAACCGGUCUCGACGGCUGAAGCAGAGGUCAAGGUGGACGAGGUGCUCAAAACUUUGCCAAAGAUGAAGACCAAAGAACUUCGAAAGCUGGGGGAGGCCAUCCUUGGCGAGCUGUCGUCUCGAGCUGCGCUGCCUGUGCGAACGGAGUUGUGGGGGACGCAAGUUACGGUGCCCAAAACGGGCGGACGUGACCAGCAACUGACGUGGUGGACGUGCAAAGGUGGUGGGUUAGUAGAUUCAGAACCUCUCCAGGACGUCGAGAACGUGUUGGCUGCGCGAGGAUGGAGGGAAGUGAAACAGAUAGUCCGCCUUUGCUGCAACCUUCAUCGAUGCUCAGGGGAAGGCUCCUUCGCGAAGGCUCUGCUCGUAGAGGCGUCUGAUGGCACUCAAGCUGUUUGCAAGGAGGGCAGACUGCUCGCAUCGCUGCAACAUCCCUUCGUGGUGCGAUACCGUGACAGCUUUUGUGAGGCUGGUGUGCUGUGUUUGAUCAUGGACUUUUGUGAAGGCGGUGAGCUUGCCAAGCAGAUCCGCCGAGCGAGGCGAAACCAUCAGAGGAUCCCGGAAGAGCAGAUACUCCGGUGGUUUACGCAGGCGAUGCUAUCGCUCAAGUACAUCCAUGACAAGCACAUCCUUCACAGGGAUCUGAAACCAGCCAAUUUCUUCCUGACAAAGACUGGGUCUUUGAAGAUGGGAGACUUCGGUAUUGCAAAAUCCAUGGCUUGCACAAUAGCAUUUGCCAAGACCCGGAUUGGUACUCCAUACUACCUUAGCCCGGAAGUUUGUCAGGAAAAACCGUAUGCUUGGCCGUCGGACAUGUGGUCGAUGGGUUGCAUUCUUUAUGAGAUGUGCGCAUUGCAAGUUCCAUUUGAUGCUCAUAGCAUUUCGGGCCUUGUGCAGAAGAUCUGCUAUGGUCCUUUGCCAAUUGUUCCAGACUCUUAUUCGGACUUCUUACGACGGCUCUGCCGGCAGCUUUUGGACCGAGAUCCCAAGAAGAGGCCCUCGGCCGAUGAGGUGCUGCAACUGCCGGAGAUUCAGAAGGUCGUGCGACAGAUGUUAGAAGAGGUGCGCUCCCUCCAGCAACAGGAGCGCAAAGCCAAGGCAGUAACUGCCACAGCUCCUACUGGCUCCUACAGGAAAGACGAUGUAGUGGAGUACUACUCGGUAACGCAUGGCGAGUGGCUCCCAGCGACCAUCAUAGACACAGAUACCUUUGGCCGGGUGAUGAUCGAUUUGCGGCCUGGCGUGUGGCUCUCCUCUGAGGUGCAGGCCUCGAAGAUUCGGCCCAGGGAGUCAGGCUCAAGCGAUGAGAGCUCUGGAAGCCAAGAGGGAUGGAGGCAAAAAGUCUCAGAUGAGGAUGCCUCAAAAGUCGCACCAGGCGACCAACAGUUGAGCGUGGAUGUACCUCAACCGCCGCCAAAGGCUGAACGAAGGCAGGAUGAUUCAGUUGCAGGGGAUGGCUCUGGGGGUUCGUUUGGCAUCUCUUUGUUAAGACGAAGAGAUGCAGCAAAGACUACCGAUCAUGUUCCAGUUUGA